AUGCCUAAAGAAAAAGGCAAGCGUCGUUCAGGACCAACUCGAGGCUCAACUUGUGGCCGUCUGCAGCGUGGCAUCGAGCAAAUGCCGGCUGCAGAUGUUGGUGAAAGUUCGACGACGCCGUCGAGUACUGCUGGGGUGAACUACGCGGACUUAUCAAUGGAGGUUCUCCAUCUCCUCCUGGCGCAACGAAAUCUCGCGCUUUCUGGUUCACGUGAUACUCUUCUUUGUUGCCUCGCCGAUCACGAUGGAGCAGAAGUCCCAGCUGCAUCGAGUGCCGAUCCGAGACCCAGCUCAACACCAGAAUACUCAUCCGAAUAUCUCCGCUCGCUUGCGUCGAACCUUGUUCCUCUUGUCCGCGACGUUUUGGCCCAACAAAACCGGUCGCCGCCAACUAUGCCACCUCAACCACCGUCGCUGCCAAGUUUUCCCAUGCAAAAUGCUCCAAUGCCACCUCUGGACCUUGGUAAUCCAUCACAAGUUGCCAGCCUCCUUUUGUCACAGCCGUCGACAUCUUCUUCGCCAUUAGACGUCAGCCCAAGUUUACCAAAAAGGCUUGAAGAGCAAAUUCUAAAGGGUGAGUUUGUCGAUUUUUCUUUGCUUCUCCCGGGUAAUUCAGACCAUCCUAGUUUUGCCCCUAUUCGCCUUUCAGUAGAGGGCGACCAGGUUUUCACGAUCCCAAUUCCCUUCUCAAAUUUCGGAAAGCGCACUAAAGUGGACAACAUAGAUAAGUGGCUUACUGCUUUUGGUAUUUUAUGCGUCUGUGGUUGUCACUAAAUUUCCACAUAAGGCCAUGCAGCUGUUUGCCUACCAGCGCAUAAUCCGCGAAGCUUCGCAAAAGUUGAAAGUCCUCACAUGGUACGCUUACGAUAUUGAUUUUCGAAAGCUUGCUGCCAAAAAUCCAGCACUUAAUUGGGGUGAACGCCAUCUCCAGCUUUGGCUAGAUAAGUUCACGGGUCUCGCGCGUCAAAUUUGUUUUGUCUGCGGCGGCGCUGAUCACAUGUCUGCCCUCUUUCCUCAAGGUUUGAAGGUAGCCGGCCAAGCAGGUUUUCCAACCAAAGAAAGUUUUGCCGGAAUUUCAACGGAGGUGUCCCAUGUAUUACCUCUCCGUGUCCGUUCAAACACCGCUGCAAUCGACCAGACUGACUGUGGUGAACAGCAUGGCACCUACACUCACGAUGACACCAGCGCUAAAAGAGUUGAUGACACGUUGUGUCGCAGAAAACACAAGUAA